AAUUGGUCAUGAGAGAUGAGGUAAUAAAGAAUCUCGCUUUGGCAGAGAUCGAAAAGAUUAUGCGGCGACGUGGGAUGAGUUUACAUGACUAUGGUACAAUGCCGUUUCCUGUUCUCAAUCGUAAUGAGGCGUCCAUGAACAUACUUGUGAUGGACGAGCUGAAUUACGAUCGUCGUGCACUAACGAUUGAGAAUGAGCAAUUGGUUGCCAACAUGACUGAUGAGCAGCGCAAUGUUUAUGACUCAAUUAUGGACUCGGUCUACUGUAGCCACGGCCGCAUAUUUUUUGUUUAUGGUUACGGUGGCACUGGUAAAACAUAUAUCUGGAGGGCGUUGUCUUUUGGUUUGAGGUCAAAGGGUGAAAUCGUGUUGAACGUUGCAUCGAGCGGUAUCGCGUCACUUUUGCUUCCCGGCGGCCGGACUGCCCAUUCACGCUUCAGAAUCCCGAUAAACCCAACUGAAGGGUCGACAUGUGACAUUAGCCAGCAGAGUCCAUUGGCUGAUCUAAUUGUACGAUGUCGGUUGAUCAUUUGGGACGAAGCCCCGAUGAUGAAUAAGUAUUGCUUCCAGGCAGUUGACAACACGUUACGAGCCUUAAUGCAAGUGGUGGAUCCAUCGAUGAAAAAUCUCCCUUUUGGCGGCAAGUCUGUUGUAUUUGGUGGCGAUUUCAGACAGAUUCUCCCUGUUGUGCCUAAAGGCACUCGGAGUGAUAUAGUGAAUGCGACCAUCAAUUCGUCCAGCUUAUGGAGAGAUUGUAUCGUUCUGAGACUUACUCAGAACAUGAGGCUUCGAAGCCUUGGUGGGGGCGGUGAGUACGAUGAGUUGAGGCUUUUCUCGGAGUGGCUUGCAAGCAUUGGCGACGGUACUGCUGGUGGACCGAACGAUGGAUGUGCUGACAUCGACAUUCCCGACGACAUUCUUCUGAAAUCACAAGGUGAUCCUAUCGCUUCUAUUGUGGAGAGUACGUACCCAAUGUUUAGGAGUUCGGGCGACGAUCUUAGCUACUUGAAGGACAGAGCUAUACUCGCUCCCACCCUUGAUGUUGUUGAGUCCGUCAAUGAGUACAUGAGCUCAUUGAACACCUCCGAGGGAAGAACUUAUUUGAGUUCGUACAGUGCUUGCAAGUCAGAUGCUGGAUAUGACUAUCUUCACGAUCUUCACACUCCUGAAUUUCUCAAUGGGAUUAAGUGUUCCGGACUUCCCAAUCAUAAAUUGCACUUGAAGGUUGGCACUCCAGUGAUGCUCCUAAGAAACAUUGAUCACUCCAUGGGGUUGUGCAACG